GCGCUGACGACGAAUCACCUGCCUCAGACAGCAGGGGCGGAAGCGGAAAAGAGCCGAAAGUCCUGGUUUGGCCUUGGGUUCCGCUGUAGGGGAUGUCCCGUGCGAGUGAGUGAGGAGGUCCUAGGGCUUUACCUACUAGCAGAAUCGCGCGAAGAGACGCCUGCCAGUGCAGGAGGUAGGGAGCUCGAUCCCCAAAGAAAAGAGCGACUGGACAGCAGCUGCAAGACAGAACCGGAGUGUGCGGGGUCCCUAGAGGCCGGUUCCUGAUCGGCGCUGCUCUCUGGAAACCAUGGUGCAGGCAGAGCUCAGGGCGAUCCCCAGGUGAGGGCAGCGGCUCUGCGUGGGAUUCCACCGCAGUAGAACCGAGUAGAUGCGGGGUGGGGAAGAAACGAUGUUGCCCGCACUGCUCCCCGAUAGCACCCUGAUCGGCCACAUUUGCAGGAGCAGCAGCAGAAGAAGACACAGCGCCGGUCCAGGAGGCGGCUCGAGCUGUUAGUAAAGUCGCCCGACAGCUUUUUCUCCGUAGUAUGCGAGUUGACAAAACAGCCAGAGAACAGGGCUCCCCAUUACAAUCUUUUCAAGCUUUUUUCCCUUGCUAACCGGAUCUGAUUUGUGCGAAAACAUGCCUUGCACUUGUACCUGGAGGAACUGGAGACAGUGGAUUCGACCUUUAGCAGUGGUCCUCUACCUGGUGUCCAUAGUGGUUGCGGUUCCCCUAUGCGUCUGGGAAUUACAGAAACUGGAGGUUGGAAUACACACCAAGGCUUGGUUUAUUGCUGGGAUCUUUUUGCUGUUGACUAUACCUAUAUCGCUGUGGGAGAUAUUGCAACACUUAGUGCAUUAUACACAACCCGAACUACAAAAACCAAUAAUGAGGAUUCUUUGGAUGGUACCCAUUUACAGUUUAGAUAGUUGGAUAGCGUUGAAAUAUCCCAGCAUUGCAAUAUAUGUGGAUACCUGCAGAGAAUGCUAUGAAGCUUAUGUAAUUUACAACUUUAUGGGAUUCCUUACCAAUUAUCUAACUAACCGGUAUCCAAAUCUGGUAUUAAUCCUUGAAGCCAAAGAUCAGCAGAAACAUUUUCCUCCUUUAUGUUGCUGUCCACCAUGGGCUAUGGGAGAAGUAUUGCUGUCUAGGUGCAAACUAGGUGUAUUGCAGUACACAGUUGUCAGAACUUUCACCACCAUCGUUGCUUUAAUCUGUGAGCUGCUUGGUAUAUAUGAUGAAGGUAACUUUAGCUUUUCAAAUGCUUGGACUUACUUGGUUAUAAUAAACAACAUGUCACAGUUGUUUGCCAUGUAUUGUCUCCUGCUAUUUUAUAAAGUACUAAAGGAAGAACUGAGCCCAAUCCAACCUGUUGGCAAAUUUCUUUGUGUAAAGCUGGUGGUUUUUGUUUCUUUUUGGCAAGCAGUAGUUAUUGCUUUGUUGGUAAAAGUUGGCGUUAUUUCUGAAAAGCAUACGUGGGAAUGGCAAACUGUAGAAGCUGUGGCCACAGGACUCCAGGACUUUAUUAUCUGUAUUGAGAUGUUCCUUGCUGCCAUUGCUCAUCAUUACACAUUCUCAUAUAAACCAUAUGUCCAAGAAGCAGAAGAGGGCUCAUGCUUUGAUUCCUUUCUUGCCAUGUGGGAUGUCUCAGAUAUUACAGAUGACAUUUCUGAACAAGUAAGGCAUGUUGGACAGACAGUCAGGGGACAUCCUAGGAAAAAACUGUUUCCCGAGGAUCAAGAUGAACAUACAAGCUUACUAUCAUCAUCAUCACAAGAUGCAAUUUCCAUUGCUUCUUCUAUGCCACCUUCACCCAUGGGUCACUACCAAGGGUUUGGACACACUGUGACUCCCCAGACUACACCUACUACAGCUAAGAUAUCUGACGAAAUACUUAGUGAUACUAUAGGAGAGAAAAAAGAAUCUUCAGAUAAAUCCGUGGAUUCCUGAACAGUAUGGAAAAGCAAACUGUGCAACUACUAUAUUAUAUUAUUACCUGGUAUCCCAUGGAUUUUGUGCUUGGUACAAACCAUAAAAGAUGGAAAAUGUCAACACAAAAAUAGCUGAAAGCCAGGUACAACUACUGGAUUUAUAUAUGUAAGUUUUGUAUAUCAAAAAUAAUUGGUCUAAAUUUCCUAGACUUAGACUUGAUUUCUUAACAUUCGAGUAUCACAUACUCAAAUGGUAGACAAUGACCCCAACUAAAUCUUCCUGAUGUUACACUGCUUUAUCAAGAGGAUGGCCUUUUUAAAAAAAAAAAUCAGUACUUCCUACCACUGCUGCAUGAAUAUAAUGCUCUGGAAUUAACAGAAAGCAUAAUGCAGAAAUACAAAUUAGUGGAACUUAAUAAUAAUCAUGUGCCAUAUAAGCUCACCUAACAAACAAAUUAUAUCUGUUUCUCAAAUGAAUGUCUUUCAAUAAAUAAGAAUUUAUCAUUUAUUUUCUGCAACAUUUUUAUGUCUCAUUCUUUAAACAUAAACUCUUAAUGUUUUAACAAAAAUUUCUUGAUUAGAGGCACAGUGAAAAAGAAGUCAGUCCAAAAAAAAAAGUACUAUUCAUCAGUGCUAUUAAAGGUGGCAGCAAAUGUAAA